GCUGAACUCGCAUCUCCUGACAAUAUGUCCUACAAUUGCUGCUCUGGAAAUUUCUCUGCCCGCUCCUUUGGGGGCUGCCUCCGCUACCCAGUCUCCUCCUGUGGCUCUUCCUUCCCCAGCAACCUGAUCUACCGCACUAACCUCUGCUCUCCCAGCACCUGCCAGCUGGGAUCCUCUCUCUACAGUGGCUGUCAGGAGACCUGCUGUGAGCCCUCCAGCUGCCAGACGUCCUGUGUGGUGUCCAGCCCCUGCCAGACGUCCUGCUACCGCCCGAGGAUUUCCACCUUCUGCAGUCCUUGCCAGACGACCUAUGCUGGGUCUCUGGGCUUUGGAUCGAGCAGCUGCCGCUCCCUGGGCUGUGGAUCAAGGAGCAGCUACUCCCUGGGCUGUGGAACCAGUGGCUUCAGACCCCGGCGUUAUGGAGUCUGUGGCUUCCCCUCUGUGAGCUAUGGAUCUGGAUUCUGCCGCCCAACCUACUUGGCUUCUAGCAGCUGCCAGUCUUCCUGUUACAGACCAACCUGUGGAUCUGGCUUCUACCAGGCAACAUGUUAA